AUGGCGCUGUCCAGGGUGUGCUGGGCUCGGGCUGCUAUAUGGGGUUCGGCUGUCACCCCUGGACCCGUUGUCACCCGGAGGCUGCAACUUGGUCAUUCUGGCCUUGCUUGGGGAGCCCCUCGGUCUUCAAAACUUCAUCUUUCUCCAAAGGCAGAUACGAAGGGCUUGAUUUCUUACGUGGUGACCAAGACAAAAAUGAUUCAUGGGAAAUACCAUCGUUUCUUGAGUCGUCACUUUCCUCGCUUUUAUGUCCUGUAUGCAGUCUUCAUGAAAGGAUUACAGAUGUUAUGGGCUGAUGCCAAAAAGGCUAGAAGAAUCAGGACAAAUAUGAGGAAGCACAAUAUAAAGUUUCAUCAACUUUCAUACCGGGAGAUGGAGCAUUUGAGACAGUUCCGUCGGGAUGUCACCAAGUUUCUUUUCCUAGGUAUCAUUUCCAUCCCACCCUUUGCCAACUACCUGGUCUUCUUGCUAAUGUACCUGUUUCCCAGGCAACUAUUAAUCAAGCAUUUCUGGACCCCCAAACAACAAAUUGAUUUCUUAGAUAUCUAUGAUGCUGCCCGGAAGCAGUCCCACCCAGAAAUCAUUAGCUAUUUAGAAAGGGCCAUCCCUCUUACUUCUGAUACAGGGCUUCGGUGGCAUCUGACAGACCUAUGCACCAAGAUACAGAAUGGUGUCCACCCAGCAGUACAUGAAAUCCUGGCUCUCAGAGAGUGUUUUGGUAACCCUCCUCUGGGCAUGAACCAACUCCAGGCUUUGCAAAUGAAAGCCUUGAGCCGGGCCAUGCUUCUCACACCUUACCUGCCUCCUCCCUUGUUAAGACAUCGCUUGAAGGUUCAUACCACUGUGAUUCACCAGCUGGACAGGGCUCUAGCAAAGCUGGGGAUCGGCCAGCUGACUGAUCAGGAAGUGAAAUCGGCUUGUUAUCUUCGUGGGCUGAAUUCUGCCCACAUUGCUGAAGACAGGUGUAGAACGUGGCUGGGAGAAUGGCUACAGAUUUCUUGUAGCCUGAAAGGCUGUUGUACAGGCCCUGUGGAUCUUAAAAUCAUUGCUACGUCCACUGUAUUGCAGCAGUCCAACUGCAACCAACAGUGGCUGCCUUCUUUGGGUCGUGGGUCAAAACCAAUAAGGUACUAAUUAUUGCCCAGCCCUGGGAGACCAGGAGACAUCUGCACCAAGAUAGUAAGUUGGGUUUAGCUUUUGUGUAUAUAUCUAAGAUCUGUAGUUUUGUAAUAACUUACUGUAAAUGCAUGAAGCACUGUUUUUAAACCCAAGUAAAGACUGCCUGAAACCAAUUGAUGGAGAUUACUUAUGCACUCUCUAAUAAUUUUCCUAAGACUCCUUUUAUAACACUGGCAUAACCUAACUAAUGGGGGUAUGAUGGGUUGGAAAUUUUUUUUUUUUUGGUCAGAUUGAGGUCUAAACUUAAAGCUUUACACUUGCAAGGCAGGUGCUGUACGGCUUGAGCCACACCUAUAGUCCAUUUUUGAUCUGGUUAUCUGGGAGAUGGGUGUUUUGCAAACUAUUUGCCCAAACUGGUCUGGAAUUGCAAUCCUCCCAAUUUCAGCCUCCCAGAGUUUGGCUCAGAAUAGAACCUUCUGAUGGGAUGGAAGCAAGUUCUGAAGGAACCAAUUUGAAGUGAUCUUCGAGUGGACAUUUUAAGGUGGUAACUGGGAAUAGAGAACAAUGGGACUACAGAGGGCAAAAGUCUAAGUGCAAGAACAAGCUUGCUUCCAUUGAAGAGGUAGGUACAUAAGGGGACCUGAGGCAAGCAGACUCUUGGUGCUCCAAAGAGAAUAUUCUGUAUUUCCAUUACAAAAUAUUUUUAUUGUUAACAUUAAUUCCUGACUGACCUAAUUAGUUUUAUAAACAAAGCUGGAGAAGCAUCCUGUAAUAAGUAACUAAUUGCAGUCUGCUAAGAUAAAGAAUAACGCACCAUUCUUUUGAAUAUUUCUUUAAUAUUACAUUUAAAUAUUCUCUUUAAAUACAGCAUUAUCACAAUGUAAAGAACCUAAAGGGGGAAAAACUUUUCAGAGAACCAGACAAGCUUUGGAUUCACAUUGAAAAUACUACCUGUGUACAGUAUGUGAGAAAGGAAACUGGCAAAUAAUAAAGAGCUGUGGUAAUGAGUCAUUUAUUUUACCUAGGCCUAGACUGAGUGGGGCUGAAGUGAUCUGCUUCUAUGAUCAGAGGCCUUCCUUUCCUAGCAACUAUGAGCUAUAGUUUUGUCCAGCUCAGAUAGCACCAGAAAUGUGAUUGACUAAGUUGUAGAAAAGGCCCUUUGCUUGGUAAUAGUUAAUGCUAAAUGUUAAUAUUUAGCAUUCAGAAGUUAGAAGUUUGGGGUAUGAGUCAGAAUUGUAGAGUUAAUAAAGGGAUGGACUUAGAUUAAGAAACUAGAAUUUUGCAGAAAUAUCAAAUAUCUUGGGGUUGGAAAUGACUUUAGUAAUUAAAAUUUUUAAUUCCUAUAAUCAUAUGCAUUAUGAAAAGCUAACGUAUUUCUUAAUGAGCAUUUGGAAUCUAUGUCCUAAAUUAAGCUCUAGCCUUCCUAAGGAGGGAAUGUGCAGAGUUCCCCAUCUAACAAACUUUCAAGAAGAUUCUUCUUUCCAUAGAGCUGACUUCCCAAUUAAGCUUAACUGUUGUGUUUGAGGGUUCCAAUCUAGAUGAGGAAGUAUAGUAGCUUGGUUUGGAGUAGCAUCUAGAUCUUAGGUACUUAAGAUUCAACUUUUGAGAGGCUAGGGGACAGGGAGAGAUGAGCUCUUAAGUGUACUUAAGAACUCCUCUCCUCCAAACAUAAAGCUAAGCAAAAUCAGGAAUGAAGAGGACAGGCAGAAUGGAUUAAAACCUGUAUGUAAAUUAAGUUUAAGGCCCUUCAGGCUCAGAGUUUUUGUAGGUGAAAUGCUGCUGCCACAUACAUGAAGUUCACUUUAAGACGCCAGGGCCUUUACUAUCCCACCAAAGCAACAACAACCAAAAAAACCCCAAAAAACUUGCUUGCUUUUUUUCUUUCCUGGUUAAUAAAUCAUACCGGAAAUGAAAGAUGAUAUAAAGGAUGCUAGAGAAGAAUAGUGUUUUGUUUCCUACCAUCUCUACUUUAAAACAGGCAAAGAUGACUUUGCCAAUAAAAAAAAAUCAGUAGUGUUCAAUGGAGCCAAUCUUGGAACAUAAGCUGGGCGUGAGAGGAACAGGAACCACUGACAGGUAAGAACUGAAUGUGAGUCCCAUUUUAUACAUCUCAAAGAUUAAAAUCAGAUAAUGAAUCCUUUUGAACGUGGGAGUGUAUGUGGCAUUUAAGAUUUGGUUUGGCUUCCAAUUUUUAUAAAUCAUCAGGAUGGAGGUAUUCGAUAAGCAUUUGCAAUUCUUAGGGUUGGACUGGACUAGAUAAGUACUCUAACCCUGUAUGUUCAAGAGGGACUACAAAGAUGGACAUGGGGGAAAAAAAAAACUAGUUGGUGACCUUAGAUUGCCACAUCUUAUAUUCCAUUUAAAGAAGGGUGAAAAAGCAAGCAUGACAUAAAGUCAUCUUUCCAGACUGCAGGCAGUUCUUGUGGCCUCCUUUGGACAUAGUUAAUGCUUCCUAUUGUUCUCCUGUGGGAUGGAUGAGUCCUGCCUGCAACUGCCAACC